AUCGCUUGUCAUGAGUGGAAUGCAGAACACUUUCGCUGCUUGUUUCUCAGAGGUCUUUUCAAAAUGGGCCGACUCAAGGGCAAAACGGCUAUUGUCACUGGAGCCGCCAGUGGUUUCGGCAAAGCUAUAGCGCUUCGUUUUGCUGAAGAGGGCGCGAAUGUCGUUGUGGCAGACCUCAACACCGACGCUGGCCAAAAGGUGGCGUCCUCGCAUCGUAACCUCCGAUUCGUUCAAACAAAUGUCACACUACUGGGUGAUUGGGAAAAGCUGGUCAAGGAAACCAUCGCUCUCUUUGGUCAAAUCAACAUUCUCGUCAACAAUGCGGGCACAUCGUACAAGAACAAGUCAACGCUCCAAGUAACACCAGAUGAGUACGACCGGUGUUUCGAUGUCAACGUGCGAUCGAUCUUCUGGUCUGUCCCGACCGUGGUCAAGGCGAUGAUCGACCACGGGCAAGGCGGAAGCGUGGUCAACAUUGCUUCCAUCGGCGCCCUGAGGCCGCGGGGCGGCUUGGUAUGGUACAACGCCUCGAAAGGAGCCGCCUACAAUGCAACCAAGGGCCUGGCGGCGGAAUACGCCUCGAGCAAGAUUCGAUUCAACGGCGUCCUCCCUCUCUUGUCCGCGACGGGGCUGUGGUCGAGUUUUACCGGCACGGAGGAUACGCCGGAAAACAGGGCUAAGUUUGUUGGAAAUGUGCCGUUGGGGAGGCUGACAGACCCCUUUGACGUGGCGAAUGCGGUCGUGUACUAUGCCAGCGACGAGUCGAGUUUUGUCACCGGCACCAACCUUGAGGUCGACGGAGGUCGGGCCAUUUCCUAGUCGCAGUAGCAUUCGAUAGAUGUACACAUUGAAAAAAAAA